AUGUCGCCGCAUCCUCGCAGGAUAGACAAGGACGCCGCGGCAUCCGCUGCGUCUCCAUCCCUUUCGCCCUUGAUCCCUGCUCACGUCACCAAACGCACCAGAGACAGCAGCUUGGAUUUGCCGGAUACGAGACCCAUCCCUGACCGAUCUGAACUCAGCAUCAAUCGUUCUCUCUAUCCGCGUACAAGCAGCCUCAUCCGCUCUUAUGCAUGCAGCUUCCGCUCUGACAGCGACGUCGAAGAAGACGCUUACGACGGGAUGGCCACUCUCCGGUACACAGACGAUUUUGACACUUCGGACAGCGCCGACCUGAAAGACGUCAAAUUCCACGGCCGCAACAACCACAGCAGCGUCGAUACUGCCGACCUUUCUACCCUCUCGUAUCGCGUCGACGCCGGCUCGCCCACCCCAAGCACAAGGCGUUAUGCCAACCUGGGCAUGUCAAGGCCACUCUCGUUCCAUCCCAACGACCAAAAAGUCAACCCUCGCGCAGUACGCGAUCCUUUCAGUCUGCCCGCUUCGCUUGUCGGCUCUGCCGUCAGCAUGAACAUCCCAACUCCCGCAUCGGAAUCGCCCGACUUUUUCAACAAUCCUUACUCGUGGGAUAUCAUGGAAGGCAAGGACGAACCCGACGACGACCUGCACAAUCCGGACGCGCACACCGAUGCCAACCACGGCUGGUUCGGCGGGAGUGUGGGCGAGAGAGGGGUGCUCAACAUUGGCGUGCUCGCGCUUCUCUCGAUUGGCCUUGUGAUGCUCUUUGGCGGCUACCCCAUCAUCUCUUACUUUUCCCGUCAUCACGAGAGUACAAAGGGAGGCUACAACCUUGGCGGCGUCAACGCAUCCGGUCAGAUCGCCAGCAUCCCAGGCUUCCGCUCCUCUCUCAUUGACCCCGAGACACCUGUGGAUGCCAUGACGCGCGUCAGCCCGGACGGCACCAAGACCAUGAAGCUCGUCUUUUCCGACGAGUUUAACACCGACGGUCGCUCCUUCUACCCCGGCGAUGAUCCUUUCUGGGAGGCUUCCGAUCUGCACUAUUUGGCCACCAACAACUACGAGUGGUAUUCGCCUGAAGCCGUCACCACCUCCGACGGUUCGUUACGUAUCACUCUCGACCAGGUUCAGACCAACAAUCUCAACUUUCGCGGCGGCUUCCUCAGCUCGUGGAACAAGUUCUGCUUUACUGGUGGCUACCUCGUUGCUAGUGUUCAGUUGCCAGGUGCUCCUCGUGUUGCCGGUCUGUGGCCCGCUUUCUGGACCAUGGGCAACCUGGGGCGUGCAGGCUAUGGUGCCACAACCGACGGCACCUGGCCCUACUCGUACACCUCGUGUGAUGUCGGCACGCUCAUGAACCAGACCGAUGCCAACGGCCAGCCCGCUGCUGCUGCCAUCGGUGGUGAUGUCAUGUGGAACAGGAAGGCCGAGUCGACCGCGCUCUCCUUCCUGCCUGGCCAGCGCCUUUCCGCUUGCACCUGCGCUGGCGAGGACCACCCUGGCCCCAUCCUCAAGGACGGCACCUUCCGUGGACGCAGCGCACCGGAGAUUGAUGUUUUUGAAGCUCAGGUCGACGGCACGCUCGGUCUCACCGUUUCGCAGUCGAUGCAGACCGCCCCUUUUAAUAUGUACUACAACCUCACCAACACCACCAGGGCCUAUGAGUUCUUCCAGCCUCAGUCGCACAUCAACUCGUACAAUGGCCAGAACGACCAGCAAGCGCUUAGUGGCAUCUCUAUGGCUUCGCAGCUCGCCGUGCAGCGUGGUGGUGACGGUAGCUACGCGACUUAUGGCUUCGAAUACGAACCCGGUCCGAACGGCUACAUCGACUGGGAGUCGAACGGCAAGCGAUCCUGGAAGGUCAACGCUGCUGCGCUUGCGGCCGACCCAGUCAGCAUGAUCAGCGACAGACCCAUCCCGGAAGAGCCCAUGUACAUCAUCUUCAACCUGGGCAUCAGUCAGAACUUUGGCACCCCGGACUGGCGCCGCCUUCGCUUCCCCGCCACCAUGUCGGUCGACUGGGUGCGAGUCUACCAAGAUCCCGAUGCCGAGAAUGUGGGCUGUGAUCCACCGGAUUUCCCCACCGCCGACUAUAUUGAGCGCCACAAGGCUGCCUACUCCAACGCCAACUACACCGUUUGGGGUGGCACCGCACAAGAGGGUGGCUAUGGCGCGUACUGGCCGAAGAAUAGGCUGUACCCUGAGGGCUGCGCAGCUCCGAACAGCACACAGCCCGGUUCACCUGUCCAGCCUUACCCUCAGGCGAGCCCUGUACCCUCUGACCAGAUCGCCAUCGGCCAGGGGCGCUAA